UCGAACCCAGGACCAUUAACAAUGGAACAGAAGUUAGAAAAGAUUUUGGAAAAUCAGGGCCAGAUGAGUAAGGAUCUUCAAGAAGUUAAAAGUGGUCAAGCAAAUCUUAGGCAAGAAAUGCAUAAUAUUCACGGAAAAAUUAAUAAACUGGAAAAUGCAAUGUCAAAUAUUCAGAGCGAAAUGGUGAAAGUUGAUAGUCUAAAGGAAGUCGUUGCAGACCUAGAACAGACAGUCAGACAGCAAAGUGAAAAGCUAAUUGACCUAGAAAAUAGAGGAAGGCGAAAUAAUCUACUUAUAUUUGGCUUACCCGAAAAACACAACGAAAGCACUGAGGAACUGAAGCGAACCGUAACGAAAGAUGUCUUCCUGGAGACUCUCGGCAUCACAGUAACUUCGAUUGAGCGAAUUCACAGACUUGGACGUAAGCGCGAGGAAACGAAUAGACCGGUAAUCAUAAAGUUCUUCGACUACAACGAGAUAGAGGAAAUAUUUAAAAACUGUAGAAAAAUAAAAGGAACUAAGCUCAGUAUCAGUAGUGACUACGCAAAAGAAACAGUGCAAGUAAGAAAACUAUUAUGGGGAAGCGCGGCAUCGAACAGAGCAAAGGGCGAUAAGGUAUCACUUGUACAUGACAAGCUGAAGAUUAAUGGUGAAACAUUUGUGUGGGAUCUUAAUCUAAACCAGCGACGUCGUGUUCAACCCAGUGGGGCAGCCUACAACUGA